GGGGGGGCAGUGCAGGGGUGAGACCGGCUGUACGUUGUCCUGCAAGCCAAGCCAAUGGCCUGGGAUGGUUUCUGCCCAAAUCCAGCUGUUUGGCACCAGGAAGAGAAGGGUCACAGAGCGUUUCCAGGAAACGCAAACUCCCCUGCCUGGAGAGCUGCGGCAUGGCCAGCUCCCCUGCGUGCACACACUCCGCGGUUCACAGGCCACGGGCAGAGCCAGCCCCCUGCUCUCACGCAGCUCUGGGCAGCCGGAGGGAGAUGAUGCUGAUGCUGAUUUCCUGAGCCUGUUACCACACGGGCUGCAGCAGCUGUGCGCGGCUCAGUCCUGAGCUGUGCACGCCUGGAGUAGGAGGCGGUGUUGCUCGGAGCCCGGCGAGGGUGGAUCUCUCUCCACGGAGGCAGGAGGGGAAACUGUCAAUGGGAGAGAUGGAGCAGCCGUGUCUGCGAGCUACAACCCUCUAAGGGAUCCUCUGCGUGUGUGUGUGUGUGUGUGUGUGUCUCCCUGUGCCUGGGAUUUGCGCCUGUGCCCUUCAUCUCAUGGCUGCGUUGACAUCCGUGCACCACCGCUGGGUUUGUUCCAGGCUGUGAUCUCUACGCACAAAAGCACCUCAGGGCCGGACGGCCACACGCCCAGCAGUCUUGUUGUUAUUAAGACACGGAGCCAGGCGACAGCCCGGUGGAGCUCUGCAUCGUCUGCAGCCGGGGUCUGCGCGCUGGUGCGGUGAGAGCGCGAGUAAGCAAUUCCUGCCAGGAGACGACCGCUUCCUCUGGCUCCACAUUAACAGCUAGUAAUUUUCCACGCCUCUCUGAUCCUUCCCUGGCAAGUGGCUGGAAGGGUGGCCUGGGCCAUGGGAGACAAAGGAACCAGGGCUAUAAGUGCUGCAGUCAGCUCAUCUGUUGAUCCGACAGCGAGCCCUACGCUGGCAAAAUCAGUGGUAUUUAAGAAAGCCAGUCCCAAUGGAAAGCUCACUGUCUACCUCGGGAAGAGGGACUUUGUCGACCACAUAGAUGUCGUGGACCCUGUUGAUGGCGUUGUGUUGGUCGAUCCAGAGUACUUAAAAGAAAGGAAAGUCUUCGUCACGCUGACAUGUGCCUUCCGCUACGGCCGCGAGGAUUUGGACGUGCUGGGACUGACCUUUCGGAAGGACCUUUUUGUGGCCAACAUCCAGGCCUUUCCCCCAGUCCCCGAGGAGAAGAAACCCCUGACACGACUCCAGGAGCGGCUGAUUAAGAAGCUCGGCGAGCAUGCCUAUCCCUUCACGUUUGAGAUCCCUCCCAACCUGCCCUGUUCCGUCACGCUGCAGCCUGGACCGGAGGACACGGGCAAGGCCUGCGGCGUUGACUAUGAGGUCAAAGCUUUCUGUGCAGAGAACCUGGAGGAGAAAAUCCACAAGAGGAAUUCCGUGCGCCUGGUGAUCCGCAAAGUGCAGUACGCGCCGGAGAGACCAGGCCCCCAGCCCAUGGCGGAGACCACCCGGCAGUUCCUGAUGUCCGACAAGCCGCUGCACCUGGAGGCAUCUCUGGACAAGGAGAUUUACUACCACGGCGAGCCAAUCAACGUCAACGUCCACGUGACGAACAACACCAACAAGACAGUGAAGAAGAUUAAAAUCUCAGUGCGCCAGUACGCAGACAUCUGCCUGUUCAACACUGCUCAGUACAAGUGCCCCGUUGCUGUGGAAGAGGCAGAUGAUAUGGUGGCUCCGAGUUCAACGUUCUGCAAAGUCUACACAUUGACCCCCUUUCUCGCCAACAACCGGGAGAAGCGUGGCCUGGCCCUGGAUGGGAAACUUAAGCACGAAGACACCAAUCUGGCGUCCAGCACAUUACUAAGAGAUGGAGCCAAUAAGGAGAUCCUGGGAAUUAUUGUCUCGUAUAAAGUGAAAGUGAAGCUGGUGGUCUCUCGGGGCGGCCUGCUGGGAGAUCUUGCAUCCAGUGAUGUGGCUGUGGAGCUGCCUUUCACCCUUAUGCAUCCCAAGCCCAAGGAGGAGCCCUUGCACAGGGAUGUUCCAGAGAACGAAGCUCCCAUAGAUACAAAUCUCAUAGAGCUUGAUACGAAUGAUGACGACAUUGUGUUUGAAGACUUCGCCCGGCAGAGACUGAAGGGCAUGAAAGACGACAAGGAGGAGGACGACGAGGGGACAAACUCGCCGCAGCUGAAUGACAGAUAGACGGGAUUCUGUGAACCACAUUUUGUUUGUUUCCAGUAACACCUCUGCAUUAGGCUUCUUACCUAUUUUGUAUGAUUUUUUUUUCUACAUGUACCGGGAGCCUAUGGAUCACCCAGAUCGUGGCGGCAAUUAUAACCCCCCCAGCUGUGCCAUGUUUAUCACCAUGCAUCAAGUUACCUAGGCUGAGAUCGCGGCUGCUGUCUCUGAGAAUGAGCACAGGGUGGCGGGCCUGAUCC